CAAUCAUUUGAGGCACCAUCAACCUUGGAAAAAAAACACAUCACACUAAACCUCGAUCACCUUUAAUUCUUGAACUUACAAAAAUUGGAUCAAAAUGGCAAAUAAACCCAAGUUUACUAGAGUACCAAGCAUGCGAGAGCGUGUUGUGGAAACACUCUCUCUUCACCGAAACGACAUCGUUUCACUUCUUUCCCGAUAUGUGGAACAAGGGAAGGGAAUAUUGCAAGCGCAUCAUCUACUUGAUGAAAUGGAGAAAUUGUGUGGUGAUGAAAGUUGUCGCCAACAGCUUGCGGAUGGUCCUUUUGGUGAAAUCCUCAAGUCUGCACAGGAAGGCAUAAUUCUACCACCAUAUGUAGCAUUAGCUAUUCGUCCACGACCAGGUGUAUGGGAAUUUUUGCGUGUAAACGUAGAAGAACUAAGCGUAGAGCAGCUUGGUGUUUCCGAAUACCUUGUUUUCAAGGAGGAACUUGUGGAUGGGGAGAAGAAAGACCAUUUUGUGCUGGAACUGGAUUUUGAGCCAUUCAAUGCUUCAUUUCCCCGGAUGUCACGUUCAUCAUCCAUUGGCAAUGGAGUUCAGUUCCUUAAUCGCCAUCUCUCUUCUAUUAUGUUUCGCAACAAAGAUUGCAUGGAACCAUUUCUCAAUUUUCUUCGGGGCCAUAGACAUAAAGGAUAUGCAAUGAUGUUAAAUGACCGAAUACAAAGUAUGUCUAGACUUGAAUCUGCGUUGGUAAAGGCGGAGGAUUUGCUCUCUAAGCAGCCACCUGAAACACCAUACUCUGAAUUUGAACAUGUGUUGCAAGGAAUGGGGUUUGAAAGAGGUUGGGGAAAUAAUGCCCAAAAGGUUUCGAGUAUGAUGCAUCUCCUCUCUGAAAUUCUUCAAGCACCUGAUCCGUCUAGUCUUGAAAAGUUUCUUGGAAAGAUACCAAUGAUCUUCAAUGUUGUCAUUUUAUCCAUUCAUGGUUACUUUGGGCAAGCCAAUGUUUUGGGUUUACCAGAUACCGGUGGCCAGAUUGUGUACAUAUUGGAUCAAGUGCGUUCGUUGGAAAAUGAGAUGUUACUUAAGCUAAGGCAGCAGGGACUGGAUAUCAAACCUAAGAUUCUAAUUGUGACUCGAUUGAUACCUGAUGCCAAAGGUACUUCUUGCAACCAACGGUUGGAGAGAGUGAGUGGAACUGAACAUACCCAUAUUUUACGGGUUCCUUUUAGGACUGAGAAAGGUAUUUUGCGUAAAUGGAUCUCAAGGUUUGAUGUCUGGCCUUAUUUGGAGGCAUUUACAGAGGAUGCCGCAAGCGAAAUUUCGGCUGAGUUACAAGGUGUUCCAGAUCUGAUAAUCGGAAACUACAGUGAUGGGAAUCUAGUUGCCUCCUUGCUAUCUUACAAAAUGGGAGUAACCCAGUGCAACGUAGCACAUGCAUUAGAGAAAACGAAGUAUCCAGAUUCCGACUUAUAUUGGAAGAAAUAUGAUGAGAAAUACCAUUUUUCAUGUCAAUUUACUGCCGAUCUCCUGGCUAUGAGCAAUGCAGAUUUUAUCAUCACCAGUACAUACCAAGAGAUUGCAGGAACGAAGAAUACUGUUGGACAAUAUGAAAAUCAUGCAGCUUUCACUCUUCCGGGCUUGUACAGGGUUGUUCAUGGUAUUGACGUGUUUGAUCCAAAGUUCAACAUUGUGUCUCCAGGGGCAGAUCCAACAAUUUACUUCUCAUACUCGGAAAAGGAGAAGCGACUUACAUCUCUACAUCCCACAAUUGAGAAGCUGUUGUAUGACCCAGAACAGAACGAUAUCCACAUUGGCAAUAUAAGUGACCCGUCUAAACCCAUGAUUUUCUCAAUGGCGAGGCUUGAUCAUGUGAAAAAUAUAACUGGUCUGGUGGAGUGCUAUGCCAAGAAUAACAAGCUGAGAGAAUUUGCAAACCUUGUUAUAGUUGCUGGGUACAAUGAUGUGAAGCAAUCGAGUGACCGAGAAGAAAUUGUAGAAAUCGAGAAAAUGCAUGAUCUUAUUAAGCAAUACAAGUUAGAUGGUCAACUACGAUGGCUAUCUGCCCAAACAAAUCGAGCUCGAAAUGGUGAACUUUAUCGUUAUAUUGCCGACGGAAGGGGCAUUUUCGUCCAGCCUGCUUUCUAUGAAGCUUUUGGACUUACAGUGGUGGAGGCCAUGACAUGUGGCCUACCGACAUUUGCCACAUGUCACGGUGGGCCCGCAGAGAUUAUCGAAGAUGGGGUGUCUGGGUUCCAUAUUGAUCCAUAUCAUCCUGAUAAGACAUCUUCCACACUGGCUGAUUUUUUCCAAAAGUGCAAGGAGGAUCCUAGUUAUUGGGUCAAGAUUUCUGAUGGUGGACUUAGAAGAAUAAGCGAAAGGUAUACAUGGAAGAUCUAUGCUGAACGGUUAAUGACAUUAGCUGGAGUUUAUAGCUUUUGGAAGUAUGUUUCAAAACUCGAGAGGCGUGAAACUCGACGAUACCUUGAAAUGUUUUACAUCCUAAAGCUGCGUGAACUGAUGAAGUCCGUCCCGCUAGCUGUUGAUGACGAGCCCUAAGAGUGGUCUGAGAUUGCUUAUAAGGAUCUCCAUGAUACCAUGCCCUUUAAAUGUAAGCCAGUCACAAAAUAGUUGGAUAUAUAUCAAGUUGUAUGUUUAAAACGAAAUAAGUGACCAUUCUGGACGUGGAGGCUCGAGUCAUAUAUAUGUUGAAUGUACUAAUGUUGUGCUAGUUAUGGAUUAAUACGAAUGUAAUGUAGCUUGUGUAAAAACGUGUGCUCGAUAAGUAUUGUAAAUGCAAGUGUCGAUGUUUUUUAGCGACUUCA